GGCGGCUUCUUCAAAAUAAAUAUUUAUUUAUUUGGGCUGCAUCCGUUGCUCUGUAUUUUAAUCUAUUGCCUCAUGUUGAACCAGUUAGGAGGGAAAUGGGCUGCGCUAUCCUCAUCCGCCAUCUUCCCUGUUUUCUCACGGCUGAACACCUCUCUUCGCCAGAGGAUUGUACCUGACAUCGCCGUUGUCUCCGCCGUGAAAGUUCUGAAGCUGAGCAAACAAGAGGCUUUUUCAAGCAGAAGCCGGUGCGAUGCGAGGAGGAGAGUGAGGUACGAAGAUGAAUAUGAAGAGGACGAGUAUAAUGAGGAGAUCGCGAUGCUGGAAUUAUAUUCCCAGUCUGCUAGAGGAGAAGCGCUUAUUGUUCAUGCGCUUGUGGACGAGCAAGAUGUAGAAGUGCUUAUACUUAAGGGUUUUUCUUCAUGUUUGAGCUACGGAACAUCACCGGACCUAUCAACAAGUGUAAUUCCAGCUGGGGCAUUGAUAAGGUCUGUAGACAGAAUUAAAGGACCCUUCGAUCCUUCAAAUAUUGAGUAUCUUGAAAAAGGCCUGACAUGGGCCGACUUUAAACGUCGUCUACUUCUUCCUAACCAACCGUAGAUUUAUUCUGUUCAUAAGCAGAUGGAAGCUUUCGAAUCAGAUUCAUGAUCCAAUUCUUUUGAGGUAAGGCUGGAAGAAAAAUUUUCUUGUGAAUCAUUUACUUCCAGUGUGAAUGGUCUAAAAAUAUAUUUUAGUGCACUAAAAUUGGCCUGUAAUAGAGGUGGCAAAGUGGCGGAUUUAAAUUUUUUUUUUCCCCCCCUUAAUUUGAACUGUGUUGAAUUU